AUUCAUUUGUUUUUUAACCAAUUUUACUAUUUUUUAUUUCUUGAUAUAUUUCGUUAAAAUAUGCAACAAAAUUAGUUGAUUAAAAUUAUUUGUUAUUUAUUAUUUAAUUAUAUAUAAAAAUUUAUUUAUUUUAACGAUGUCAUAUGUCGCAGCUAGAAAUCAAUCAAAGCCCAUCAGAAGAAAAAGUAUUUCAAGCACGUGGUUAUAAAGUAUUAGAAAAACUUGGUGAAGGAUCAUUUGCCAAGGUUUAUUUAGCUAAAUACAGACCAGAUAAUGAUUCUGAACGUGAGGUAAAACUUGCAUGUAAAAUUGUUGAUACAACAAAAGCCCCAAAAGAUUUUGUUAAAAAAUUUUUACCAAGAGAAUUAAAUAUUUUGGAACAAUUAAAACAUCCAUAUUUAAUUCAUGUACACAGUAUAUUUAAAAGACGUGCAAGAUAUUUUAUUUUCAUGAGAUUUGCUGAAAAGGGAAAUCUUCUUGAUUAUAAUUUAAAACAUGGUCCAAUAAGUGAGACACAAUCGAGAAUUUGGUUUCGUCAAUUAGCUCUAGGUUUACAGUAUCUUCAUGAACUUGAUAUUGCUCAUCGUGAUAUUAAAUGUGAAAAUGUAUUGAUAACUGAACAUUUAAAUGUCAUAAUAACAGACUUUGGAUUUUCACGUUAUGUUGUUGAUGCAAGAGGUAAAAAAAUAUUGAGUGAUACAUUUUGUGGAUCAUUGAUGUAUGCAGCACCAGAAAUACUUCGUGGUUCACCAUAUAAUCCAAAAUUAUCAGACACUUGGUCACUUGGUGUUAUACUUUAUAUAAUGCUAAAUAAAGCAAUGCCAUUUGAUGAAACAAAUUUAAAAAAACUAUAUGAAUUACAAACUAAUUGUCGAUGGAAAUUUAGAAGAAAAAUUAUUGAUACAUUAAGUGAACAAGUUAAAAAAGUUGUUACAAAUAUGUUACUUCCUGAUUGUAAUAAAAGAUGGAAAAUUGAUCAAAUUGUUCGGUGUAAUUGGAUUGCUAUGGAUCCAAGGCUUGUUAUUAUGACACAUGUUGAACAAGCUGCACUUAAUCAUGCUAUUAAUGAACGUGAAAAAAAAAAGGAUCAUACAAAUAAUAAAAAAUCAGUUUUUCAUCAUGAUGCAGCUGCUGAACAUCCAGCUAUCAGUGGAUUUGUUGAAGCUCAAGAAGUAACAAUUAUCAAAAAUCCAAGUAUCAGGCGUGAUACAGCUGAACUCAUUUCUGAUUAUUCAAAAAAUAUAACAUCAACAAUUCCUGACAUACCAAAUUAUAUAUAAAUAAAAAAAAAAAAUUUCUAAUCCAAAAUUUAUUUAUAUUUUUACUUGUUCAAGUUUUAAAAAUUAGCGCGCUUUUUUAAUAUCAACCGCCAUUUAUAAAAAUGGCGGAAAAUAUAAAAAAAAAAUAAAAAAAUUCUACUUUUCCUUCAACUUCCGUUACAUUUUAUUUAUGGUGUGUGUGUGUGUAUGUGUGUCCAGUGUUGAAAAAAGAACAAAAAAGAAGAAAAAAGGAAUAAAAAAAA